AUGGUCGCACCACCGGGAUGUUGCGAGAUCUGUCAGAUUAAAGAGGUCUUAAACGAUCCUCAGCUCCAGAAUCGAUCCGUGAGAAUUACAGGAAGAUUAGAAGCAUACAAUGCACAGCUUCAAGUAGCGACUGUAUCGUUUCAGAAUGUUUCAAUGACUGUCGAGACACAAAAACUCGCUCUUGAAAAUUUGCGCUUGCAACUCCACUCCAUGUAUCAAUUCCUAGGUGAGACUUAUACGACAAAUAAAGAGGGCACGAUAAAAGUUCAAUUGGUGGCACGAGUCGCACGUAAUGUCGAUAGUUUGGACAUUGAUUUGUUCCUUGAAGCAUUAGCACUGCGACGAGAAUUUCUAGCAGCUUCAAAGUAA